CACCGGUGACUAUCAACAGAGCUGAGACAAAUGUAAACCUGGACGAUGCAGAACCGCAUCUCAUGCUCGCUAUGACCAUAUAAAGUUAGACUUGUCUUGACUGAUCACAAACACAGUAGACUUGCCAAAAAUGCAUUCGCUAACUGUAGGCUCACUUAUACGCAGUCACACACGCUCCCUAAAGCGGUUAUACACACCGUGUGAGUUUAAUUGCUUGCCUCUGGAGAAAAAUCCCCCCUCUCCUGGCUGUUACGGGUGUUUUGUCCACACAGGAAGCCUUAACCUCUUCCUGCAUUAGCUGGUCACUCUUACAAGCUGCUCUCUGAGUCUUUCUGCCCCAGCAGGGCUGCUGUUGGUCAUCAGUGUCAGACACUGAGGUUACAGGAGAGGCCAGACAGUCAAUCAGAGGCUGCUUCAGCAGAAAUCAUGGAGACAUAUUUUAAAAGAGAACAUAGUAACGUUGCUGAUGAUGAUGUUUCAGGGUUGGUUCGUGGUGUUUUUAUCAUCUUAAGUCUUUUUUUCCCAUCCUGCCAGUGUUGUCUUGGCCUUGCACAUCCAGUUAGCCACACAGGAGAGUGAAGGAGAAGUCCCUGCCCCCACAGCACUUUACAAACUCCUACCUAACAAGAACAAUCUGUGUGCAGGCCUGAGAGCUCAUACUCUCAGGAAAACUGAAGGGGGAGGAGAACGGUGGAGAGGCAGAAGGAGGGAUUUGUCCUCACGGUUAACAACCAGCAUCUCAUUUUUUUGCGCUAUCCAGACAAACCUCCACUCUGAAAUCUGAAACUGCAAAAGUGGCGUGGCUCACCAAGCAUUUGCCACUCUUUUCUGUAUGCUCUCUCUCUUUCACUUCACUUCACUUUUUCCAGACUGGUUUCACCCAUCCUCCAGCACAGGCAAUUCCAGCAGAGACGAUUCUUCUUCCCCAAGUGGACGAUCCAGAGGGGAAACGAUGCUCCCGAUGGCCCUUCAUCAGAUUGGUCUUUGUGUGGUGUUGUGCAUCAGCAGCAGAUUGGCCACACCUCUUCCUCUUUACAGUUACGUAGAGGGAAGUACAGACGAGGAAGAACUCAUUAACUUAACAUCCUUUCUGCCCUCCAACACCUGGUCCUCUGAGUACCAAACCACACCGGCUGACUCCAUCCAUGUGGAAACAGACUUUCUGAGUCAACUUGUGAACUUUCUGGAGGAGAACAUGCUCCUUAUCCUUGUUUCGGCCACUUUCAUCCUUCUUGUCUUCCUUAUUAUCUGUGGGGCAGUUUUCAUGAGCCGCAGGCGCAAAGUCAAUGCCUACUACCCUUCCUCCUUCCCCUCAAAAAUGUAUGUGGACCACAGUGACAAAACAGGAGGUACUAAACCCUUUAAUGAAGUGCCAGAAAAACCCGCUCCUGAGCAGGAAAGUGAGUCAGUGGACUCUCACAAGCAGCUCCAGGCAGACAUUAUGAGGGCUGCCAAGAGCCUGCGCACACCAAAUAAAUGUGCUGAUGCUGCAGACGGAAGCGACCCCAGUCAGAAAGUAGCAGACCAGUGUCCCGAGGACAGCUCUAAACCAGAUGGCAGCAACCUGGACCAGCAGCUUCCAACUCUCCCUGAGGAAAAGGAGCUGUGUGAGCUUUCUGACAGCGAAGCAGCAGGCAGCCUUGUGCUGAAUCCUCCAGAGCAGGCUCUUCCAGAGGAAGAUGAUUCACAGGAGCCUUCGACUGGCAAGAGUCUGCGGCCCUCCUCUCUGCAUAUUCACAAUGACUCUGCCACACUUCAGCUGAUCGCAGGAGCAAAAACUGCCUUCUAACUACUCUGAACUAUGUAACCUGAAUAUAUUAUAACGCUUUGAAUCCACAAAUGGCAAUUUGUCCAGUGAACCUUUUCAAAAAUGUCCACAAGUUUAUAAAAGGGAAAUUACAAGUACAAUUACAGUCUGAGGUGUUUUUUCUGAUGUAAUGUUUUUAUUCAGUGCAGGGAAGAUACAUAUUGUUGCUUUGCUCUGACUGGAUGUAUCAUUAAUGCCAUAUUAUAAACACAUCAUUAACAUCAAAGCACACUUCUUUUUAUGGGGAGUUCUACAAUUUCAUUUAUUUUGUGUCUAAUUCCUUAAACUUUCCAGCAUAGGGGCCACUUCAGUGAACUUUGUGUGGUAUGGUCCCAAAUACUUUUCACUUCUGUGCAAAACAGAGUAUUGACAUUGUAUAGAUCAGUAUCUGAAUAUUUAAAAAUUAGAAAACUUUUGAUUUACAUGCAAGCGCAGUAAAAUUCAGGUCAACAGCAAACUUCAGUUACAGUUCUUUUUUCAAAGCAGACAUUUUAAUGUUAUAACAGAAAGUGCACAUGUGUAAUUAAUAGCAUCGAUGGUGUGCAUGUAGAUUACUGAAAUGCUUUACAUGGACACUGAGCCAUCAUUAAUUACACGUGUACAUCAAAAUAUCUGACGUUAAAAAGAUUACUAUUCAGGCUACUCAAAGUAAUAAAUUACACUCCAAAUAA